AUGUUCUCAAGAGUGUCGAAAAGAGUAUUGUCCAAGAGAUUCCAGCACAGCACAGCGGCUCACGCUGCACCAAAGGAAACGCAUCCCUUUGCCAAUAGAUACAACUUCAACUUGGACCCACCACCAGUACACGAGUACUGGAACAUAUACAACUCAAGUAUCUUGUUUGCUUUUGUGCCGGUGUUUUUGGGAGUUGCUUACCUUGCCAAGGAUAUAGGUGUCAAUUUGGAAUCACAAGCUGGUCUUUUGCAAUAUGCCAAUGGCGACAACUCUCCACUAAAAUCUAUCAAAUUCGGAGAGCCACAAGAGAUUAAACAGGCAAGUGAUUAG